UGGGCCUCUGGAGGCGUAAUGAGAAAGCUGACGGAGCAUGCUCUUAAUCACCUACCCUGGGCUUCAACUCGUGGAGAGAGUAGGCCUCUCUGAAGCCUUGCAUGAAAAUCCCCAGGCCAGCGCAGAUAGGCUUCAGAGAUCUUCUAGGGGACCAGAAGUGUUCAAAAUGGACAGCUUCCUGCUUUCGAGGGGGAAAACCCUGUGCAGUGUGGGAUGCUAGUUUGCCUAAGCAUGUUUACAUUGAACAAGCUCUGAUGAGUAAGGGAGAGACCAGAAGAGAUAGCUGCAUGAAGACGGAGCUGUUGAAAGACAUCACCAACAAUAAGGAAGAAGGAUUUAAUGCUAUGGCCGCUGGCGAUGGUGUGAUAGACAAGCAAGUUGGGGAACUGAAGAUGGCUCCCGACGGCGAGACCAACGGCGCCUGCGAGUGCACCGAAUUCAAGGGCCACCCCAGCGUAGCCAAGAACACUCAGGACAACACGAAAAUGAGCCAAGGGGACUCGGUGGCGAAGCUGAGCAGGAUAGCUGAAAACGGCUUUUCUGAGAGAGACGGGGACGCAGGGAAGCCGAACCACCUCAGAGCGAGCGACUUCACCCAGACCACGGUGACGGGGAGCAACGGGUACAUUUUGCCCAAGCAGGUGGCUCAGGACCUCCCUGUCAGGACUGCCGGUAGUGCUUUUGCAUCCCUCCCUGGCCACGCCGCAAAGACGCUCCCCGCAGGAGGAAGCAAAGGGAGAACUCUGAGCCCUUUUGCCCAGGCGCAGGCUGCUCUCCCGGCCAAGCUCGGGGACGGGGGCGGCAAAGACACGGAGGCGAAAAAAACAGCCGGUAUCAAGGUCCACCGCGCUCGGAAGACGAUGCCCAAGUCUCCCUCCCACCUGCAUACCAAUAAAGACCCCAAAGAAACAAGAACGCAUAAGGAAGACGGCAGCAAAGCUGUUCUGGAAUUUGGAAAGCCCCCAUCGUUGCCCUCCAUCCCUGGCCUUCACUCAUCUCUACCUCAGAAUCAGAGCUACCUGGCCACCUCAAAAUCACAGACAGCUACUUCAGUAUCUCGAAAGAAAAAACGAAGAAUGGGAACAUACAGCCUGGUUCCCAAGAAAAAGACCAAAGUUUUAAAGCAGAGGACUGUGAUUGAGAUGUUCAAAAGCAUCACUCAUUCUCCAGGCGGCAAGGUUGAGAAGGAUGAUGGCAGUCCACAUGUGAACGGGGAAAGAUUGGAUGUUGAUUCCGAAGAAGAUGACUCGGAUGAACUGGAGGAAGAUGAUGGACGUGGAACAGAUCAGACGGCUACCUUUCCUGUGGAGGAGGACAGAACUGCUAAGGAGAGAGAUGUGGCAGUUGUUAGCGAUGCCAGAAAGAUGGUCGACGGAGAAUCCGAGGAGGAACAGGAUUCCGCAGACUCUGGCGAAGAAGAGGAAGACGGCGACGAGUCGGACUUGAGCUCUGAAUCCAGCCUCAAGAAGAAAAUGAUGAAACGGAAAGGGAAAGCAGAGAGUCCCUGGUUGAAACCCACCCGAAAACGGAGGCGGAGAAAUAAAAAGAAAAGAGCCAAUAUGUUAGGUUCUGAAUCUUACAAGCCCCCUUUGGGGAGUGAAGAAGCAGCUGGGCAGGAGAACAACAUGGAAUACAUGGAGGUGCCUCUGCAUUCCUUGGAUCUGCGAGUGAAGGGAGUUCUGUCUUCGCAAUCAGAAGGUCUUUCCAAUGGUCCUGGAGCAAUGGAAACAGACAGUCUUCAGGAAGUGCCUCUCUGCAGCUGCCGCAUGGAAACGCCCAAAAGCCGGGAGAUCACCACGCUAGCCAAUAACCAGUGCAUGGCCACAGAGAGUGUGGAUAAGGAGCUGAGCCGAUGCACCAACCGCGUGCUGAAAUACGAGCUGAUGCGUGCAUCUAACAAAGUCCAGCUCCUGGUGCUAUGUGAGGACCACAGAGGGAGGAUGGUGAAACAUCAGUGUUGUCCAGGCUGUGGUUUCUUUUGUGUGGCGGGCACUUUCAUGGAGUGCCAGCCGGAAAGUGGCAUUUCUCACCGGUUCCACAAGGAAUGCACUUCCCACGUCAAAGGCGUGAGCUACUGCCCCCACUGUGGGGAGGAGGCCUCCAAGGCGAAAGAAGUUACUGUGGCCAAGGCGGACACCACCUCCAUGCUCCUGCUGACCUUCGAGCAGAAGAAACCAGGUGCUUUAGAAGGAAAGGCUGACACGACGACUGGGAGUUUCAGUGGGCCUGGAACCCAGCAACCUGAAGAAGGCAGGUCUGAGAGCUUGUCUACCGAGAUGUUUGAUCUGGCUGGGACAUCCACGUUUCCUAAGCCAGCCCCGACUGGUGUAUCCCAGGGGCCUGUGAAAGAAACGUUGGAGAGUGCCUUGAUUGCCCUGGAUUCCGAAAAACCCAAGAAAUUACGGUUUCACUCGAAGCAGCUGUACUUCUCAGCCAGGCAGGGGGAGCUUCAGAAAGUUCUCCUUAUGCUGGUGGACGGGAUUGAUCCCAACUUCAAAAUGGAGCACCAGAGUAAAAGAACGCCUCUUCAUGCAGCGGCCGAGUCGGGACAUGUGGACAUUUGCCACAUGCUGCUUCAGGCUGGUGCUAACAUAGACACCUGUUCUCAGGACCAGAGGACCCCCCUUAUGGAAGCAGCAGAGAAUAACCAUCUGGAAACUGUGAAAUACCUCAUUAAGGCUGGAGCAUUGGUAGACCCCAAGGAUGCCGAAGGAUCCACCUGUUUGCACCUGGCGGCCAAGAAGGGCCAUUACGAUGUGGUGCAGUACCUCCUAUCCAAUGAACAAAUGGAUGUCAACUGUCAAGAUGACGGAGGCUGGACACCAAUGAUCUGGGCUACGGAGUACAAACACGUGGAGCUGGUGAAGCUGCUGUUGUCCAAAGGCUCUGACAUCAACAUCCGAGAUAAUGAGCAGAAUAUUUGUUUACACUGGGCUGCUUUCUCUGGGUGCGUCGACAUUGCCGAGAUCCUCCUGGCUGCUAAAUGCGACUUGCACGCGGUGAACAUUCAUGGAGAUUCUCCUUUGCACAUUGCAGCCCGGGAGAACCGCUAUGAGUGUGUAGUACUGUUUCUCUCCCGCGGCUCGGACGUUGCCCUGAAAAACAAGGAGGGCGAGACUCCGCUGCAGUGCUCGAGCCUCAACUCCCAAGUCUGGGUCACUUUACAGAUGAACAAGACACUGAAAGAAUCAGCUCCAGAGAAACCCGCCCAGGUGGAGAAGAUACUAAGCAGAGACAUCGCCCGGGGUUAUGAGCGAAUCCCGAUUCCGUGCAUCAAUUCUGUAGACAGCGAGCCGUGCCCUGUCAACUACAAAUACAUUUCCCAGAACUGCGUGACUUCCCCCAUGAACGUGGACAGGAACAUCACUCAUUUGCAGUACUGUGUGUGCAUAGAUGACUGUUCCUCCAGUAAGUGCAUGUGCGGACAGCUCAGUAUGCGCUGCUGGUAUGACCGGGAUGGACGGCUCUUGCCAGAAUUCAACACGGCUGAGCCGCCACUCAUCUUCGAGUGCAACCACGCCUGUUCCUGUUGGAGGACCUGCCGAAAUCGGGUGGUGCAAAACGGCCUCCGGGCGAGGUUACAACUUUUCCGGACGAGGAAGAUGGGCUGGGGUGUGAGGACGAUGCAAGACAUUCCGCUGGGAACCUUUGUGUGCGAAUACGUUGGAGAGCUGAUUUCUGACUCAGAGGCAAAUGUUCGUGAAGAAGAUUGCUAUCUUUUCGACCUUGGCAACAAGGACCGGGACGUCUACUGCAUAGAUGCUCGCUUCUACGGCAACGUCAGCCGCUUCAUCAACCACUUUUGCGAACCCAAUCUCAUUGCCGUGCGAGUCUUCAUGUCCCACCAGGACCUGCGCUUCCCCAGAAUCGCCUUCUUCAGCAGCAGACACAUACAGGCGGGAGAAGAAAUUGGGUUCGACUACGGCGAGAGGUUCUGGAACAUCAAGGCCAAGUAUUUCAGCUGUCUCUGCAGCUCGCCGAAAUGCAGGCACUCCAGCGCCGUCCUGGCUCAGCGGCAGGCCAGCGCGGCUUCCUUCCAGGACGCCCCGGAGAACAGACUCCCUGACACCAGUUCGGCAGCCUUGGCGCCCCCACCUGCCUUUGGAGGGCUUCCCUGAAGAGCCCGGCCCCACCCAAGCGGAGGCCAAGCCACCGGUGGCGUGACGACGAUGAUGAUGGUUUUCGUUCGCUUUGUUUUGCCCUCUCCCUUCCCAGCAAGGCCAGACCCUCUGGCGCAUCUGCCGUGAUGGUUCCCUGGGGCACGGAUGGCAGCGUCGCACCCGGCCUCCCUCCGCUCUUGCGACGUGGCAGGGGGAAGGCGGCCUCGACGUUGUGACAGGCUCCGGCGCGGCGGAAGGAGACUUUCUCUUCCUGCCCAUCCCGCCUCUUAAUGUGAUAAGUGUUCUCCAAGCCCUGUUCCCCUCCCCCCGUUGGAAAGAUGAACGUUUAAGCGGAUGGCUCGCACCAAGGAGGCUCUCCCGUUGAGCGAUCAUAAAACUCUGAAUACUUGAUGGCGGUGAGUCUGCCUCCAAGUCAACACGCCUGCCUUGGCACACUUCAGGGGUCGGUUUUACUUGCGGCCGAAUCUUCCCUCCCUCCCUCCCUCCCACUCACCCAUUUGCCGGCUGCCCGCGGAUUGAAACCGCAGCACCUUUGGAACAGGGGCCCACCAGAGACUGAAUCCGGUAAAUUCUUUGUUUGUCACUCACUCCCCACCCUCCACCCGAUUCACCCAGGCCUGGUGGGCAUUCUUCCGGGACUUCUCCGUUAUACACCAGUUCUUGGGUAGGUCAUUCUUAUUUUCCCCCCAGCGUUUUUGUUUUUUAGAGUUUUAUUUUAUUUUUUCCUUCCCUGCCUCUUCUACCACGUGUAUAGGAAACUUGUUUUAAAUGACACUAACUCCAAAAGAGAGGGGUCGGGGGUCGGGAGGGGGGCACGGCGUUCUUAAGAAAAUUGGUAUUCAUAGAAACCCUUUUUUGGGCAUUUCUUAAGUUGAUGCUCAAACUGGGCAGCUCAAGGAUUGCCAACAGGAGAUUAUUUUGUGCCAUUCCUGUUUCCUGGGCCAGUUCUGUUCCUUUCUCCUCGAAAGCUACCCGUUGUGAGGCCGAAGUUGGAUCGAACCGAGUUUAUUUUUUAUCAUCGGGGGGUGGCAUGGGGGGAGGACGGGGCUGGGAUGCUGAAUGGACGAGUCUCCUCUGACCCUCCUGGUCCUCCUCCUCACCCGAGCAACUACACGGUGCUGAUUCUAUUGUGAUUUUUACUCACUACGUGAAUACAAAUUUCAGUUGUAUAAUAAAAGGAGAAAAAAAGAAAAGAAAAAAAAA